AAAGACGUCUUCAAUCAUUUACUACGCAUUUUUUUCACAGUGUAUAUAUAGAGAAGAUCGAAUCAUUGGACAGAGCCUUACAGUAAAGUGACGAGAUAAAUAGUGCAUACAGUGACGUCGUUCCCCAUUCUUGUAUCCGUCGGUCGAACACGGUUCAACUGCGCCGAAGCUUCUCGAAUUUCCCACUUUGUGCUUCCAAUUUUCCACAGAAGUGGGAUUAGUCGAGAAAUGGUCGAAUUUGAUACCAGUUCGAAGAUUUUUUUAGCAAAUUCGAGCUUUCUGUGCUGAGAAUUACAUGCUAGGGUUUGACCUUGCUGUGCAAAAGUUUAGGAGAAAAAGAAGAAGAAGAAGAGUACAAGAAGAAGGUCGGUUAAGUCGAUGAAAUCAUGACUAAAUUCGACGGUGAUCUUGUUGAGAAUAAGCGGCGAUCGUCCACUACCCACCCAUUGCAGGAUUCGUCUUCUAAGUCCAUUAAUGAAACGGUGAAUGGAUCCCAUCAUUACACAAUUAAGGGUUAUUCUCUAGCGAAGGGGAUGGGUGCCGGAAAAUACAUAUCGAGUGAUGUUUUCUCGGUCGGAGGGUAUCAAUGGGCUAUUUACUUCUAUCCCGACGGCAAGAAUCCAGAGGAUAAUUCGACGUAUGUGUCAGUGUUUAUUGCAUUGGCGAGCGAGGGAACGGACGUCAGGGCGUUGUUUGAGUUGACAUUGUUGGACCAGAGUGGGAAGGGCAAACACAAGGUUCAUAGUCACUUUGAUCGUGCAUUAGAGAGUGGUCCUUAUACUUUGAAAUACAGAGGGAGCAUGUGGGGUUACAAGCGUUUCUUUAGAAGAACAACUUUAGAAACAUCAGAUUUCCUCAAGGAUGACUGCCUUAUUAUGCAUUGCACUGUGGGAGUGGUUAGAACUCGCAUGGAGGGGCAUAAACAAUAUAAUAUUCCCAUACCACCGUCAGACAUGGGUCAGAGUCUCAAAGAGCUUCUGGAAACAGGUCUUGGUUCUGAUAUUGUUUUUGAGGUUGGUGAUGACAUAUUUAAGGCUCAUAAAUUGAUACUUGCUGCACGCUCUCCGGUAUUUCGAGCUCAAUUCUUUGGACUGAUUGGAAACCCAAACACAGAUAGAGUAGUAGUUGAGGAUGUUGAACCUUCCAUAUUCAAGGCCAUGCUCCUGUUCAUGUACACGGAUGAGCUUCCUGAUGUAUAUGAACUCACAGGCUCGAUUUCUACGUGUACAUCAACAAUCAUGGUGCAACAUCUAUUGGCUGCAGCAGAUCGGUUUGGUUUGGAUCGUCUGAAAUUGUUAUGUGAAGCAAAAUUAUGUGAGGAAGUAAAUGCUGACACAGUAAUGACAACCUUGGCCCUAGCAGAGCAACAUCAUUGUUCACAGCUGAAGAUGAUCUGUCUGAAAUUUGCUGCAUCUAACUUGGGAGUGGUAAUGCAUUCUGAAGGGUUUGGCUACUUGCAAGAGAGCUGUCCUUUGCUGGUUUCUGAGCUGUUGGAAACGGUUGCACUAGCAGGUGAGGACUCAAGUUUGCUAUUGAGCAGGAAGAGGAGUGGCAGCAGUAACAUUGGCAUUGGGAUCAAUUUAGCAGCGGAAGGGACAGUAGCAGUGCUUGAUCCUAAUAGUAGGCACAUGCGAAGGCGACUCUGAUCAUCUGAUUCACUAGCACCUUGGGGUUGGGGAAGGUGGUAAUCUUUAGUUGAGCAGCUGCUUAUUGUAUUCAUUCCUUUAUGCUAACUGCUAAAAGAAGGAAAAACCAGCGUGCCAGCCAUGAAAUCGUAACCAAAUGGUGAAAAUGUAGUUUAAACAUUACGGCAUGCCCGGUUUGUUUGACCCUCGAGCACUUUGCCCCGUUGGCAAGGCUUAUUUAGCUCCUAACUCUUGAUCUCCUUAACAAUCACUUAACUAUUGGGUAUAGUGUUCCCCCCCCCCUCUCUCUCUCUCCUUUUAACUGUUUUUUCCCCCAAAAAUUUUGUUUUGGAAAUGGACCAGUUGUUGCAACUCUAGAUGUUGGAAAUAAGUGUUCUUCCA